UUUAUUUUUAUUUAUUUGUUUCAUCGAGACUUUCUGUAUCAUCAUCGAUCGAGUCUCCGGCGAUUCUGAUAGGGUUUUGAGAAGCAGCUAUCUGCACCUCUUCGCAAGGGCAUAGCGGAGGAGGCCAUGGAAGGCGAUGACGAGGCCUUCGAUGGGGCGCCGAUGGGAAACGAGGAGAUGUUCUCCAACGGUGGCGACAUUGACGAUCCGCGCCAUACACCGAUUUCUACCCUGGGAAAGGCAGGGGCUUCCGGAGGCGGCGAACUGAUGGACGUGGAGGCCUACGCGUCACUCUACACUGGCCGGACCAAAGUGGUGCGGUUGCUUUUCAUCGCCAAGCGCUGCGGCAAUGAAGCUAUGCAGCUGGAAGCCCUACGAAUGGCUCAUGACGAGAUCAAGAAGGGGGAAGAUACGCAACUUUACCAUGAGGUCACUGCGAGGAUCGGUGAUCGGCUCGGCCCACAGUAUGCCCUCGACCAAACCUGGGCGGACAUUGUAGAUCGGCGCGCUGAACAUCGUAAGGAGAAGCUCGAGAACGAGUUUAAUUCCUAUAAGACUAACAUGAUCAAAGAAAGCAUCAGAAUGGGCUACAAUGACAUAGCAGAUUUUUACUAUGCUCACGGUCAACUCGGUGAUGCCUUCAAGAAUUAUGUCCGUACACGUGACUAUUGUACUACUUCAAAGCACAUAAUCCAGAUGUGUCUGAAUGUCAUUCUUGUCAGUAUUGAGUUGGAACAAUUCAUGCAUGUAUCCAACUAUGUGAGUAAAGCAGAGCAAACGCCAGAACAGUUGGAUCCUAUAAUGAAUUCAAAACUGCGGUGCGCUGCUGGUUUAGCAUAUCUUGAAACAAAAAAGUAUAAGCUUGCAGCCCGGAAGUUUUUAGAGACAGGAAUUGAAUUAGGUAACAAUUAUACAGAUGUGAUAGCACCACAAGAUGUUGCUAUAUAUGGUGGACUUUGUGCACUUGCAUCUUUUGAUCGAACAGAGUUGAAGAACAAAGUUAUUGACAAUAUUAACUUCAGCAACUUUUUAGAGUUGGUGCCAGAAGUAAGAGAACUUAUAAAUGACUUCUACGCAAGUCACUAUGCAUCAUGCCUGGAGUAUCUUGAGAAUCUAAAACCAAAUCUACUACUGGAUAUCCAUCUGCAUGAUCAUAUUGAAAUGCUUUACACAGAGAUUCGCCACAAAGCCAUCAUUCAGUACACUCUUCCUUUCAUUUCUGUCGAGCUUCAUACAAUGGCUGGUGCUUUUAAAACUAGUGUUGCUGGGUUAGAGAAAGAACUGGAGGCUUUAAUCACCGAGAACAAAAUUCAAGCUCGCAUAGAUUCACACAACAAAAUUCUUUAUGCAAGACACGCUGAUCAAAGGAAUGCAACCUUCCAACGCGUCCUACAAACUGGUGUUGAGUUUGAGAGAGAUGUUAGAGCCAUGCUGUUGAGAGCCAAUCUGAUCAAACAUGAAAGCAUAAUGAAGUCAGCUAGGAAGCUUUGAGGCUGAUUGGUGAUCUCGUGUUUGCGGAUUUUUCAGAUUUGCAUACGGGGUUGAGAGAAGAUUAUGCACUUGUUUUUUUUCCCCUGCAUUCUUAGAUGACAUGCUUGAUAUCGUGACUUCUUUGUAUUUGAAGGUUGGUACUUUGGGUGUCAACAUUAUUUUUUGUCAGCGUCAUCUUAUCUA